CUUGUGACCCGGACUAUCUCUACAGUAAGAGAUGGGUAAAGGAGCUCGCCGGGUGUUUCUAGUUGGUAUUAUAGUACUUCUUUUUCCUAUUUGUGCUGUUCCUGGCAAUUCGCAAACUGUGUACAAGGUGUGUAGCCGGUGUGAGGGGGAUCUGCGGAAUGGCACAGCAGUGGGCGAUCUCUGCCGGUCGAACAGCAGCCUUGAGAGGGAGGGCCGCUGCUGUCUGCAGAAGCAAGCUUUGCCCAGCCCCAUUAUCGGGUUAGACCUAUGGAAUUGCUCUCUAACGCAAGUUGAAGAUCUACAUGAGGCUUCUGCAGCUGUUAUAAUAGACCUCUCGGACAACCCCUUAAUGAACAUUUCUGAGUCAGCAUUUCAAGGAUUUACAAGUUUGCGGUAUUUAGCGUUGCCAUCAAACCUGGAGUGCCCUGGGGGGAACACAUCAUGGGAGCAUGUAGAGUUAAUAGGAGAGACUGUGAUGUGUGAAGGCCAGAAGAAUGCCUGUAAUGGAACUGAAGUUGUGUCCUGGUUUUGUCCUGAAAACUCACUCUGCAAACCUGAUGGCCCUGGUUUGAUUCAGUGUAACUGUGCAGAAAACUUCCAUGGAUAUAAAUGUCUCAGAGAGGGUAUGUUCCCCAUGCUGAAAGUGUUUGGAAUUCUGGGAGUGGCCACAGUUCUGGUCUCAGCUGUGUUGUGGUUCACUCAGCGGCGAAAGGCCAAAUCGUUCUGAUCUCCUGUUCAUCAGCCUGAGAGAAGGCAUGCUGGGAUCUAUGACACACAGGCAGCUUUAUAAGAGAUGAACAAGCUGGACAUAAAAUUACUACGAUGUUACUCAAAAACAAAGUGUGUUGGGAAAGGAAUUUCAUAUUUCAUAGUUUUUAAGUUCUGCUAUGGAAGGUAAUUACGGUGAACUGACAGCAGGAAAGCUCUAUGAAUUUGCAAACCCACAGUUAUUGAUGAGAGUGAACCUGAGGGGAUUUUUUGUAUUUUCCUGGAAAGUACCAUUUAUUGAAUCAUCAGUUACUAGCACAGGUGCCUUGAAUUACCAAACAAAAUGUGAAAUUAACAGUUUAAGAAUAUAUUUUGGUUAUUAAAGUUCCUGUCACUUGAAUUUUGACUUAUUAGAUGCUUUGUUCUCUUUUCUCAGUAAGCAUUAAUGUUAAACAUCUGGAAAAGUUAACUUUUGCUUAUAUCAAAUGUGAUAUAAUACACAAGGUCAAGGCACUAAAAGAUUUAAAACGAAAUGUGAUACAAAAUGCAAAUACAUAGUGUGACACAAGAUCCUCCCAGACUGUUUACAGGGCUCAUGAUGCAACAUUUAAACAAAGUGAAGACAUAGCUUGGUGUGUAUUUUGUUUGCUGCAUAAAACUGUCAAAACUGGUUAAUCUCGUAUAGUAUUGUCUACCUAAUAACUUUGAUGUGAAAAGAUAAACAGUAAUAGAUUGCAUUCUGUCUAGUGUGACAGGUCUGCAAGUGAAAACUUCAUCAGGAGAAGACAGUGGAUGGGCUGUAAAUGUUUCUGUGCAAAAUGUAUAUAAUAUAAAUAGAAAAUAAUGUUCAAUGUAUUGUACAGUUGGACUAAAAAAUGUCAAUGGCGUAUGCCAUUAAACUUCAAUAUUGUGAUCUGAA